AUGGAAACAGCCCACGCGACCGGGGAAAACAGGUUCCUUGUCUGGGGUGGCAGGGGUUGGAUUGCCGGUCACCUUGAGAAGCUCCUCAAAAGUCAAGGGAAAGAAGUCUUCACGACGACCGUCCGUAUGGAAGAUCGCGAGGCCGUCAAGGCAGAAUUGGACAGGGUCAAACCCACUCAUGUUCUAAACUGCGCUGGCUGCACCGGCCGUCCCAACGUCGAUUGGUGCGAAGAUCACAAAGAAGAUACGAUUCGCUCCAACGUUAUCGGAACGUUAAACCUGGCUGACUGCUGCUUCGUUGCUGGUAUCCACUGUACCGUAUUCGCCACCGGCUGCAUAUAUCAUUACGACGAUGCCCAUCCGAUCGGAGGCCCCGGGUUCAAGGAGACGGACCCGACCAAUUUCACGGGAAGUUUCUACUCGGAAACAAAGGGCCACGUAGAGGAGAUAAUAAAAUAUUACGCAAACUGCUUAAUCCUCCGCUUGCGUAUGCCGGUGUCAGAUGAUCUACACCCACGCAACUUCGUCACUAAGAUUAGCCAGUACGAGCGCGUGGUUGACAUUCCGAAUAGCAACACGAUUCUAACCGACCUUUUGCCGGCGUCCGUGCUGAUGGCAGAGCAUAACGACACGGGGGUCUACAAUUUCACCAACCCCGGGGCCAUUAGCCAUAACGAAGUGUUGACGCUCUUCAGGGACAUAGUCCGUCCAGGAUUCACAUGGAAGAACUUCACUGUGGAGGAGCAAGCUAAAGUGAUUAAGGCCGGUCGUAGUAAUUGUCUACUAGACACGGAGAAGCUGGAGAAGAAGUUGAGGGAGUAUAACUACUCGGUGCCUGAGGUCCACGAGGCUUAUAAGAAGUGCUUUGAGAGGAUGAAAGCUGCGGGGGUUAAAUGA